AUCCAUGAGAUUGGCAUCUUAUAAUAAAGCUGUCAUUAACCCUUCCCAAUAAAACUGUUUAUUCGUUUGUCGACCUAUUGAAACUGCACAUUUCUGUUUGCAGUAAUACAAAUUUUUCAUUGAUUUACGAACCAUUGAUUUUAAACUCCGAUCUCAGCAUCGAUGCUAUUAAAUUGAAUUAAACUUGAGUGUCGAAGUUCAAUCAUCAAAAUUACAAUCAUUUGUUUAUAUCGCUCUGAAUUUGAAUUAAUUGGCACAAGAGUGAUGACUUUUAAUAAAAACGCGUUGAUUGCAAGCCAUAACGUGUUUAUAUGUGCUUCGGCAUUUUUACCAACGAGUAAAUAUUAUCCAAAGACGAAUGCUGCCGUCAGCUAAGACAUUUGUCUUAGCUAUGAUUCGUUUAUAUUCAUAGCCUAUGAAGUGAAUUGUGAUUGCUUGCUUCAAUUUAUAUGCGUUGCUAGACUCGCUGCCACUGACAACCGACUCACUGUUAUUACAUAAAAAACCGCUGACGACAACAUCAACAUAAUGUUCGCAGUUUGACGGUUCGUCGUUUGUUUUCAUAUCUAUCUCUUUUGUGUAAAUAUUUACCGUAACAUUUCAUAUUCGUCACAACAACAUUCCGAGAAAACAGCGUCGUGAUGAUAAUUUCUCCCCACUUAUUGCGCAUAAACUCGUGAUCGUUUCGCUCGAAACGCAAAACAAAGCGAUGAAAAAUGUGCAUUUUGUUCAAGAAAGUUGCAGAUUUCUGAAGUUUUAUUUUAUUUGAAGACGGUUUUCUUCAAGAAAUCUUUCGAGACAAUCGCAUGGUGUUUAUAUGUUUUUCGAGACAGUCGUGGUGUUUGGUAUUUGAAAUUGGACCAAUUUUGAACAUUUUUCGCUCGACUUUAUUCAAUUUGAACAAUUUGAAUAAAAUUGAACGAAGAAUGUUUGAAUUCCAUCCAAUUUCAAAUAAUUCCCCUGGAAUGACUCUCAAGAUAAACUAAAACAACAUAAAGGAAUCCAAUCUCUUUUCAUAUGAAGUCAAUUUCAGUUAUAAUUGUACACACCGGAAAACGAUUGCACUUAUCGGCACGAGAGAGAGAGGGAGAUAGAGAGAGACUUCUUGUCAUUUCAUGCGUGUGCGUUUGUCAGAUGAUUAAAAAUUCAUUGUCGCCGACAUCGGUAAUAUGGUUUGUUAUGUUGUCGAACAGUGUACAGCAAGCAAAGACUAAUUAACAUGAACACGGCCCAUGUGGAAUGCGCGACGAACAACCAAUCGAAACAUAUUGAAACGGAAUGGCAAAAAGCGAAUGAGGUCUCAUAAGCCGAGAGAGCGAGAGAGAAAGACAGAGAAAGACGGAGAGAGACAGAGAGAGAAAGAAGAAUAGAUAGAGGGAGUGAAAAGCAGAGAAAGACAGUGCUAGAUAGAGAUCGCUCGUUUCAAGUGUUUUCUAUGAUUGUAUUGUAGAAUCGGCAAUCAAGCAUGUUUCUAACAUGGAACAAAACAAAAACGGACGAAGAAAAAAAAAUCUAAAAUGGAUUUAUAAAGGUAAUCGACGAUUACAAGUCGUUCUAAUGACGUUGGCUCGGAAAUUCGGGCAAUGAAUGAAUUUGAGAGUCUAACAUUGGGACUACUUUCUUCGGCGAUUGGAAUAGAAUAAUAGUAGAGUAAAAUGGGUUGCUCGUAAAAAAAUUAUGAGCCAAAUGUCGGACUCACCGUUGUGUACACGUACGUGUAAUACACGGACCCGCUCUCGCGCGCGCCGCAAACAACAAUGCAUUAAACAAUGAGAAUGGAAAUAGCGAACGGACGGUGAGCAAUAGAGAGCGUGUGCGAGUGUGAAAGAGACGGGGAGAAAGCGAAUUAAAUAGGAAAGAGUAAACGAUUGCGAGCGUGCGAACGAAUGACUAAGUCAGAGCAAAAAAGACAGCCAACGAGUGUCUAACGCGAGCGAAAGAGCGAUCGUGAUAGACAUGGCAUAGAGUACGUACACACAGCAAAUAGUUCAAUAUCGGUGCGGUUUAACGACAUUCAGUGCCGUUCUAUUCGAUGAACGUAAUGGUCACGUACGAAACGAUAUACACAACGAUUCUGUUAUUUUCUUGCUUGAUCGUCAGCUAAACAACAACAGUAACAACAAUAAAAAAAAUCAGUUUUGUGUUCUAAAUCGCUGUGCAAGAGAAAUCCUAGGUUUUUUUUGGUGAAAAUUGGCCAAAUGUGGAAUAUUAUUCGACAGUGUGCAUAUUGAGUGAAUGAAAAACAAAACGAUAAGCGAAUUAUGCAGCAAUGUUGAUCUGUGUGGAUUCAAUGACAGUAAUUAAGUUAAUUUAGCUGUCUGACCGUUUUGUCAUUCAUAUCGUUCGAUCACCAAGCGAAAGAAAAAAACUUUGCUAUUUUAAAUAAAACAUUUCAAAAUUGCAAAGGUGGAUUCGAUUUUAUUCCAUUUUCAAAGUGGAUUCAUCAUCGACAAAAAACGCACACGAGCAAACAAGUGUCGAAAUAAGAAAUAGAUCACAAAACAUACACAUUACGAAAUCAACGACGAAUAUCUAUACCUCGAAAAAGAUAAGAGUGGAAAAAAGAACGAUAACACGAGUUAUCGACACACAGUGCUUCAAAUGAAUUGAUAGCAUAUAACGGGUUUAUUACGUUUUGUCCUACGGAAGAACUCACCGAAAAACACAACUAGAACCCCAUUUUUUUUGUUACUCUCGAAUUCAAGCCAGUACACUGUUUUGUGUGUUUGUUUUAAAUGGUUGAUUUUUCAUUCGAAUUGAACAUAUCUGGAAAGAAACGUGCAUCAAAUCAAUCGUAUCCAUAUAUGGUACAACAAAGUGAACGGAAACUACAGCGAUGUGUACAGUGGCUUAUUCAGAGUGUGGAAAUAGUUAUAGAACGAACAAUAAUAUGACGCAUCAUUGAUUUGUGCACACGCUGACUGACUGUGAGCGAAACGAAAUGAAAGUCUCUAUUUUUGCUCGUGUUUCAACCGUUUUUCUAUCUCUCUUUUCCAAUCGUUUGAGAACUGUGUGAUCGAAUUAUAUUUAUUGAUCGAACUUCAGCUGAACAAGAAGGUUUAUUGACUUAAGUAGAGCUGAAGAGAAAAAUAAAUAAAAAGAGGGGAAAAACAGAAACAAAAACAAGAGCUCUCUUCAAAACAGAUAAAAUUGUCCAGUCGAAAAACAGAGAAAUAUCGACAAAUGAUUUAAGAAGCCUAAAUUUCGAUUGUUACAACUCAAUGUUUAAUUGCACCAAGCUCAAGUUUAAUCGUUACACAAUGAGUGUAGCGCACUAGCAAUGGCACAGUAAAUCCAGUACGUCAGUUUGACGGGAGAAAGGUGAAAAUAGACCGAUUUUCACAGUUAAAGUUCGACUACACACAUUCCAUCCGUUGUAAUUCGGAGCAAAUUAGAGUGGCUACAGUUCAUUUUGGUAUAUAUCAAAUGUUCAACGAAGGAAAAAAAAAACAUUUUUGUAUGCUGUCGAAAAAGAGCAUUCGAAAAGAGCUUUCAAGAUCUUGAAGUCUUCUGAAGCAUACUUGACGCUUAGUUUAUUUUGGAGAAGACUCUAACAAAUUUGAAGAGCCAAACUAAUUCAAAAAACAUCUCGAGAAAAAACAAAAUCUGAAAAAAACAAAAAAAGUUCUGAAAAACUGAAGAAUAAAAAAAAACUCGAUUUUUGCAAACUUUCCAUCAAAAUCAAAACAGUUCAACGAGAUUGUACUAAACCGAUUCUGUGAACACGAAGCGUCAGUGAUGGAUAUGCGCAGCCGAAGUGGUGGUGCGAACGAUGUACGCGAAGACAUUCUAUUGGAAACGAAUUUCGAUGAGGAUGGCGUUUUGACGUUGGCACAUGCAACCAAUCAACCGGCGAUCGGUCAGCGAUCAAGAAUAACAAACACAGAAAAUCCAUUAUUGCAACGAACACGGCGUAGUAUCUAUCGAUCCGACACAUCAAUCGAUCGAUAUUCCGAGUAUUCGCUACACGGACGACGUGACCCAGGAAAUUGCUGUCGAUCAUGUAUGACACGAAUACCAUACGCAACAAUGAUUGCGACGGUAAUGUGCCUGAUUGGUGUGGCGAUAUUCUGCACAUCAAUGUAUCGUGGCGCAUCGCUCAUGAUCAUCAUGUUUGAUCGAGUAUUCCGAUUCCGUCUCUUCUGGAUCGAAGCCGUACAAAUGAUAUUCGUUACGAUUGGCGCAUCGAUGGCCGGCCUCGGAUUCAUGAUACUCUUUGUUGGAUGCCUAGCCACUGGGUCGACACGGUACAAAGUCUAUCGCGCCUGGAGAUCACGCGUUGGUGGCCGCAUUUCGUGCGCUGUUUUCAUGGCGAUUACGUAUAUACUGACGAUCAUUUGGUCCAUCAUGUUUUGCUUCCUCUGCAUCGUGACAUUUGUCUACACGAUAUUCUGGCAAAUGUGCUCCGAAGACAUUGAAACCAAUCCACGCGAGUGUCUCAUCGAUUUGGUCCAAUUUCAUUUCCUAUUCCCGAAAGGAUCGCGACAGCAGGACAUGAAAGUGUGUGACAAAUUCCAAAUAAAGGCAUUUUGCAAGGAUGGCGUUGAACCGGCCGAAACGAUGUUCAUAUUGGCAACAAUUUCAUGUUUGCUCAUCAUUUUGAGUUUGGUCCAUUAUUUGAUGUGUCUGUCAGCCAAUUAUGCGCACAUCCGUGAUCACGAGAAAUUCCAAGAGUUGCAAGAAAUCCAAAAUCUCAACGACAUGGAAUACAGUGCCGCGUCAAAGGAACGUUUCUAAGCCGGAACCAAACCCGCACAUUACGACCAACACACGUACAAAUAGAGAGAGAAUACUAUGAUUUUUUUUUUUCGGUUAUAGCAAAAGAAUACUUAACAAUGUUUCGAAUAGAAGAGAUUUUUUUAAAAAAAAAUUCGUCCAAAAAACACGAGGGCGAAAUGGAAAAAACAGAUGCAUGUUUCAUGCAGACAACAUGUUGAUAAAAUUGCAACAAAAGACAAAGACGAAUAUCAAGGAUAAGCAUUCCGUCCAAUUUAGGAGUAUUCAAGCAAUUUUAAUUCAUUUUUACCACAACCUUUUUUUACGGAUAGUGUUUAUUUCUGUUUGUUUUAGUUUAUUUCUUUAAUAUCGUUUGGCCGAUGACAUAUUACCGAUGCAGCAUUUUAGUUUUCAUUCAGGAAUAUAGAAAUGAUUAUAAUCUUUAAUGAAGAAUUUAAUUAUAAUCACUAGUUUAUGUUCCGAUCGAUAGCACGCAUUUGCGAGAGAAAGUCUCUCUCGAUUUGAACACAGAUUUCAUGCAUUUUCACUAGACCUAAGUUACGAUUAGUCGACUGAAUUUGUUGAGCGACAAAUUACACGAUUUUUUCAAACCGAUUUUUUUUUUCUCGAACUUUUCCGGUUUUUCCGAUCCAUUUUUUUGAAUAAUAUCUCAAAAAAAUUACUUUAAGCAUUAUUUCAGAAUAUUAUUUUUUUUUGAUCAAUUAAUAAGGUUCUGUUUAGUUUAAACACUUUGUAAAAGCAAUCGAUUUGGUUCUUAUUAGCUAAGCAAUCAUUAGGUUAAUUUGAAUUUAAUUCCGAUAAUAAUUUCGCCGAAUCGAAACUCAACAAUGCACAGAAACAAAGAUGAGCCACGAAAAAUGACAUAUGUGGCAAAAAGGUUGAUGAGCCAAGCCAUGGCCGCCUAGGUUUCGAGCAUUAAAAAAGGAAGAAAAGGAAAGAAAUAAAAACCAGAGGAUCAAGUGAAAAACAGAAAUCGAAAAAGACCAAGAUUGAGAAGGACCAGGCAAAAAUUGAUCAAAAAAUGGAAAAAAAUAUUGAAAUAUUUUGUGUUUGAUUUGAAAAAGAACUGGUACGCUCGACUUGGGCGUGCAGCAAAAAAAAACUCACUCGCCCAUGUGGUGCAGCUGGGUUUUGGCCGUGACACGUUCAUGAGUUCAUUGGGUAGCUCUGAACCGUGUUGAUAAAAAUAAAAUGAAAAUAGUAAAGACAGAAGAAGAAAGAAUUUUCCGUAAAAAUCAAUCGAAACACACAAUCAUUGACCAAUAACCUACAGACUAUUUAACCGAGGAAUUGAACUUUUUUAAAGACAAAGAAUGAGAAUCGAUCUCAUGCACCUUCAGCCCAUAUACAAUCUACCUAUUCUUCAGAUCGACAUCUAUUUUUUCUAUUCCAGAACAUAAACCACUUUCUCAAAUAUGAGUAUUUUUUCUCUCAAAUCACACUUGUCCAUUGUAAAUAAAUCCGAAAAUUGAUCAAUUUCAAAUUUUGAACUGUUCAAUCUGGGUCUUUUUUAGACACAACAACAAUUGACUAAAUGAUGAGAUAUUUUUCUACAAUUUUUAUCUCGCUCAAUUUACAUAUCUCUUGCAAUAACUAAUCUAGAUUAGCCGUCAGUUUCAGUUUUAUCAAACUGAAUUGUGUUUAAGCUUGCCAUUUCUGGCUCAAUUUUACCGCUUAUGCUUGAUGUGAGACGAUAUCGGAACACAUUUGGCUAAUUUUAAUAUGCGCCGUAUCACUGCCGCAGAAUGUUGCGCUUUACUGAAAACUCAAAUGGAAAUCAUUUGAAGUUUAUUGAUGAUUUUUUUCAAAUUUAAAUGAUUUUUUAAGAUUAAAACCCUCGAUCUUCUGAAAUCUUUACCUAUUGAAGGGACGAUAAUUACGAAUUUUUCUUAAGAUUCCCUUGAAACAAGUUCGGAAGACUUUUUCAUAGAUAGUCUUCAUAAAUUUCUCGAUCAAACAACUUUUCCAUUGGAAUUUCGAAUUCGGAAGAAAUGUCUAGGUUUCUUCAAUGAAAAUGAUUUCAAACAAAAUAAAAUUACUGAUUAAAAUAGAUUUAAAAGGAAAAAAAUGCAACUAAAUUAUAAAUUUAAACGAAAAUAGAAAUAUAUUUAGAUAAAAUUGGCCAAAAGAAAAUUGUUUGCAAUUAUUUGCUAGCUUAGCUAUGGAAGACACACCACGUAUGACGGUGUCUGUACGCUAUAAGAACGAAAAUUUUAUUCGAAUUAUUGAUGUGUAAUUGAAAAUUUAAACAAAAAUUAUUCAUAUAUCGCAAAUCGGAAACACAAACAAAAAAUCCUGCCACUAAUUUGACCGAUUCUAAACAAGAAAAUUGAAACAAAACAGACAUUGUCUACGCUCAACAGGAAACUUAAGAGAUACAUAGUAUUCAUUUCGAUGUAGAAUUUAAGCUUAAUGCAGAUCAUCUUUUUCUUAGGGAUGACUCAAUGUAAUUUUACAAUUUAUUUGACAAAUACAAAUUACGGAAAUAAACGAAACAACGUUGAAUAUUUAGAA